AUGUUCCUCCGGUUCGCCACCGCACCACCACCGGCACCACCCCAGGCUAGGGACCGGAUAUCCCCCGCCGGCUGGUCUCUCCGGUCACUCCGGUCCCUUCCCGAUCAUGGCCAUCUCCGAAUACGCGCCUCGGCGCCAGAGCCGUCGGAAACGACCGAGGCGCAGAGCACGGCCACGCUGCCAACGACGACGAUACUAAGCCUAGGGCUAGGCUUUAUUGGCGCCGCGCUCGUCGCGAUCGUCCUCACCCUGUUCCUGCGGUACUACCUCGUCACAAGAGUUUAUCCGGAGCGAGCAGGCAUGGCCCCGCCCCCGAGGCCAGAGGGGGGGUUCUGGGCCCGCGUCGGCGGGUGGUGGGAUACCUUCCUUGCGGGGUACGGGAGUGCAUACUGGGAACCCCGUCCCACAGGCCCGGCACCGAAACGCGGCGCCGCACCGAGCACCAGUGACGGCCCGAUCGCCAUCAGCGUGCUCUUACUCAUGCCUGCUGAGAGUGGCGACCCAGACGAUAUUCCGCCAUUAGCCCUGGGGACGGCGUACCUCGCCCCCGAGAGCCCGUUACCCGACCUCGGACACGUACGGUCGCGCACGCUCGGCGAGGAGGAGGAUAAGGACGAGUUUGUGCUCGACAUCGUGCAUACGCAGCCGCGAUAUCCGCCCACCUUCGCCGAUUUGGCCAUGGUGCGCUUCUAA